UUGUUGCAAUACAGUAGGUCCACGUACUUCCAUGGGCUGGAGACGUAACAUGUAUAAACUGCCCACUGACCGGAUCUGCUAUUUAACAGGUGUAGCAGCAAGUGCAACAGUGUCGUUUUUAGACAGAUCUAGCCCGGGACUAUGCGCUCAAUCUGGGGUUUAAUUGCCUUGGUGGCCUCGGCAACUUUUUACUUGUAUCUGCUUGUGUCUGCCUUCCUGCCGCCGGGUCCCCGUGCCGUCCGCGUUCACGAUGCUGAACACACAGCCGAUGAGCCAGAGGAAGAAGAACUCAGGUUGAAGUUCCCAUCUGAUCUGGAUGAGUUGAGGGAACUAGCUGAGCUGCUGAAGUUCUAUAAGACAGAACACACUGGCUAUGUGUUCAUCCUAUUUUGCAGUGCCUACCUCUACAAGCAGUCCUUCGCCAUUCCAGGCUCGUCGUUUUUGAAUAUGCUUGCAGGGGCGUUGUUUGGGCCGUGGCAUGGACUCCUCAUUGCCUGCACUUUGACUACAGUGGGUUCCACCAACUGUUACCUGCUGUCCCGUACAUUUGGCAAACGCCACAUUGUCAGGCUCUUUCCUGAGAAGGUGGCGAUGCUGCAGAGAAAGGUGGAAGAGAACAGGAGUAGUUUGUUUUUCUUCUUGCUCUUCCUGCGGUUCUUUCCCAUGACACCGAACUGGUUUCUGAAUGUCACCUCUCCAAUCCUCAACAUCCCCAUCCCCAUAUUCUUUUUCUCCAUUCUCAUUGGUCUAAUCCCUUAUAAUUUUAUCUGUGUCCGUACGGGUGCCAUCUUGUCUGAGAUCCACUCUUUGGAUGACAUCUUUUCAUGGGGCACCAUCCUGCAGCUCCUGCUGAUCGCGUGUGUGGCUCUACUUCCCGGAGCCCUGAUCCGUCGCUAUAGUCAAGCACACCUCAAACUUGAUGGACUGGAACCCAAUGGACACCAAAUGGUCCUGAACGAUCGCAAGACCAGAUGACCCAAAGACAGACAGAAGAGGAGACUGCAGUCUGCUAAUGUGGAACUGAUCACUGGUCUGGAGUCACAGCUCAGGAUUUGGUUAUGAAUGUCCGAAUGCAGAGUGGAAAUGGACUGAAAUACAAAGUAUUAUUUAUCAAAAGUCUAUAAUGAAGAUAAAGUACAAAAGAAGAGACUAUUAAUGUCUUAAAAGAGAACACAAUCAGAUUGCUGACUUGUUACAUAUAUAACGCUGGACAUUGCCUUAUUUUAUAGGAAAAAGGUCAUUUUGACAGCUUAGUUUUGAACAGCUUUAGGUUUUUUACUGAAGAAAAAAUAGUUAUGUUGUCAGAUGUUGUUUAUUGACCAUGUAGCUUUAUGUGUGUUUAAAGCUUUAUUUGUUUGCGGCAACUGUAAAUAUGUGUGUUUUAUGGGGUUUUGAGUAUGUUUACACAUUUAACAAACAAGAACUAAUAAUUAGUUACUUAGUAACUUAAAAUGUUAACAUCUAAAUUAACUGCUUUUAUUUAAGUCAAAAAUAUUAUUUACUAUCGCUGAAUUGAGUUUAUUUAAAAGUAGUAUUCCAGUUAUGUACUUAGACUGUAUCCAACCCUGUUUUUAUCGUAAAAACGGAUGCAGGCGUUUGUAACUUGAAUGUGCGAGCCUUUCCAUGUCAUUAAUAUAUUCUUAUUUUAACAGAUUGUGAUAAUUAUUAACACACUGGUUUGUAGCACAAAUAGUUUUUCAACUACUGCACUUGUUAUUCUUCUAGUUAUUUUUACCUAUACCAGGUAAUGUAUCAGAAGUUUUGCACAUUCACAGAAAAUAGCUUACUUCUAUGCUGAAUAAGGUGGAUACCACUAAAUCCAGGCUUUUAAAUAUUUUAAAGCGAUAUUUAAAGAUUAUUAGAUGCUAGUAUAUUCAUUAUCCUCAAGAAUCCUACUGCCAGGAUGUCCUUUUAUUUCUAAGUUAGUGUCAUGCCUUAAAUAUAGAUUUGUGCACUGAUAAUUUACAUGAGGGGUUAAAUCUUCUGGAGUUGCACGGUACAUUCAGGGAUUGAUAACUGACUUUGUCAUACAUUUACAACUUUGUUAUAUGUGCUCUAGCUACACAAAUGAACACUACUAAUGACCUGUUUUGGACAGUUGGGAGUAAUAAUGCUGAAUUUACAGCAUAACAUAGCACAGUAAAUACAUUUCAUCCAUUCAGCUUCAGGUGCAGCUUAAAUUUUACACAUUUGUACUGAUCAUUAGUUGACUUUGGUUGACUUUGCCAAGAAUGUAUCAAUUAUUAGCAUGUCACAGAAACUUUGCACUCUGUUUCUGUGGUGGAUAUGAUGUGUAUUUUUUUAAUUCUUUUAAAUUGCAAUAUGCAAUUUCAUGAAUUGCAUCUACAGGUGCUACUUGAUUAAUUACCAUAUUACAGAAGCUGUCCCGUUUUGAGUCAUUUUUGGAAAAAUAAAUCAAUGUCUUAAUGCGUA